UCGAGCAACGAGACGUGGUUGUGGAUUUUACACCGCUGUUGACGCUUUAGCGCUUUAAUAACCGUCGAAUUUGUGGGCUGUUCGGUAAAAACGAUCUAUUAUGGGAAACUGUUACACGGUUGGACCGAAUGAAGUUCUCGUGGUGUCAGGGGGCUGCUGUGGUUCUGAUCAGAAGACCUACACGGUGGGCGGCUGGGCCUGGGCGUGGUGGCUUAUCACCGACAUUCAGAAACUGUCUUUGGAGGUUAUGACCAUCCUUUGUCACUGCGAGAAUAUUGAAACGUCGGAGGGUGUCCCCUUGGACGUAACAGGGGUCGCGCAGGUUAAAGUCAUGAAUGACACAGAGCUGCUGGGUUACGCCUGUGAGCAGUUUUUGGGUAAAUCGGUGCUGGAGAUAAAAGGCGUGGUCCUGCAGACUCUGGAGGGACACCUGCGCUCCAUCCUGGGCACACUGACAGUGGAGCAAAUCUACCAGGACAGGGACCAGUUUGCCAGACUGGUAAGGGAGGUGGCAGCGCCCGACGUUGGCAGAAUGGGCAUCGAGAUCCUCAGCUUUACCAUCAAGGACGUGUAUGAUAAGGUGGACUACCUUAGUUCCCUGGGAAAGACCCAGACGGCCGCGGUGAAGAGAGACGCAGACAUUGGAGUGGCAGAGGCAGAGAGAGACGCAGGCAUCAGGGAAGCUGAGUGUAAGAAACAAAUGAUGGAUGUGAAGUUUUUGGCGGACACGAAGAUGGCGGAUUCGAAACGCGAGCUGGAGAUGCAGAAGGCCUCCUUUAACCAGGAGGUCAACACAAAGAAAGCGGAGGCCCAGUUGGCCUAUGAGCUGCAGGCGGCGAAGGAGCAGCAGAAGAUCCGAUUGGAGGAGAUUGAGAUUGAGGUGGUGCAGAGGAAGAAGCAGAUCACCAUUGAGGAGAAGGAAAUCGACAGGACGGACAAAGAGCUCAUCGCCACGGUCAAACGACCCGCAGAGGCCGAGGCCUAUAAGAUGCAACAGCUGGCAGAGGGACAGAAGACUAAGAAGGUGCUGACGGCCCAGGCGGAGGCGGAGAAGAUCAAGCGGGUGGGUGAGGCGGAGGCUGGCUGUAUCGAGGCAGUGGGCAAAGCAGAGGCCGAGAAGAUGAGGCUGAAGGCAGAGGCCUACCAGCAGUACGGCGAAGCCGCCAAGACCGCCCUGGUCCUGGAGGCACUGCCCAAGAUUGCUGGCAAGGUGGCGGCUCCUUUGUCCAGGACCAAUGAGAUCGUGAUUCUGAGUGGGGAUGGGAACCGUGUGACCGGCGAGGUGAAUCGUUUAUUGGCUGAGCUGCCUGUCUCUGUGAACGCCCUCACUGGAGUCGACAUCACAAAGAUGCCGCUGCUGCAGAAGAUGGUUAAUCCCCAAGCCUGAAAGCUGCUGGAUC